AGACGGCUGGCCAGUUCUUUUUUCGUAAGGCUUAGACUAAAAAGCAAUUGUCUUGAGCGCAUAACUCCGUCCAUAGCCAUAAACUUGAUUCUUCAAAAGAAGCGCAGACAAAUCUUCUAAUCGUAAAAUCGUCAUCUUUAAGUUAUCAACCAGAUCUUACGCCCCAGUUACUAAAUUCUUUGCCGUGGCAGCACUUCAAUUAUAAUUUAUUUUUAAAUAAUACACGCUAUGUAUGUAUAUGUCGAAAUAAAUUAAAUUCAAAAUAAAAUUUAGCCAGGACAUCUUGGAAUAUCUAAUGAAUAUAUAAUCUAAGACGUAUCUGCUUCCAUCCUGAUGAUUCAUGUUGUCCUUUAAAUGGAAAUAACAAAACAUAAAAACCAAAACAAACAGGUAGCCGAAGAAUCGAUAGAACUAGCAGGUAUUUCUUCAAACAACAGAUAACGAACAAGUUUUUUCAAAGGGUCUAGGGAAUUCUUGGCCCAUAUCUUACCUGUCUACUUUAUUUUCUUCGACAUCGUUAGUUGUCUUUUGAACCUCCUACAUUCAAGAACGACGGUAAAAUGCUGGUUAUUAUGGCAUAUAGUAUUUUGACCAUUUUACUCAGUGUUGUGAUCACGUCUUAUAUUGCCAUUAUUUAUGGAGCAAAAAGACGAGUUAUUCUGCCGGUUAAAAAUAAAAAUUCAUCUGAACAAAAUCAAAUAGUUUAUGAAAAAUUAAAACAAGCUCCAGGACCGCGACCUUAUCCCAUCAUUGGUAACCUACAUCUGCUGGACCGUUAUAGAGAUAAUCCCUUCGCUGGAUUUACUGAGCUGUCCAAACAGUAUGGAGACAUUUACUCCCUGACUUUUGGACACACCCGCUGUUUGGUUGUGAAUAAUCUGGAACUGAUACGCGAGGUCUUGAAUCAAAAUGGCAAGGUGAUGAGUGGACGCCCGGAUUUUUUACGAUACCAUAAGUUAUUUGGAGGCGAGAGAAGCAAUUCAUUGGCCCUCUGCGAUUGGUCUCAACUGCAGCAGAAAAGAAGGAAUCUCGCUAGGCGGCACUGUUCGCCCAGGGAAUCCUCUUCCUUCUAUAUGAAAAUGUCCCAAAUUGGCUGCGAGGAAAUGGAGCAUUGGAAUCGGGAGCUAAGGAACCAACUGGUCCCUGGAGAACCCAUUGAACUGAAGCCUCUGAUCCUCAAGGCCUGUGGAAAUAUGUUUAGUCAGUACAUGUGUUCCCUGAGAUUUGACUACGGAGAUAUGGAGUUCCAACAGAUUGUUCAGUACUUUGAUGAGAUUUUCUGGGAGAUCAAUCAGGGACAUCCCCUCGACUUUCUUCCCUGGCUAUAUCCCUUCUAUCAGCGACAUCUUAACAAAAUCAUCAACUGGUCCUCGACUAUCAGAAAAUUUAUAAUGGAGAGGAUUAUCUGCCACCGGGAGCUGAAUAUCGAUUUGGAUGAGCCAGAUCGAGAUUUUACAGAUGCCUUACUAAAAAGUCUUAUUGAGGACAAAGAUGUAUCCAGGAACACCAUAAUCUUUAUGCUGGAGGAUUUCAUCGGCGGACAUUCGGCGGUCGGAAAUCUUGUGAUGCUAGUACUGGCCUAUAUAGCCAGAAAUCAGGAUAUAGAAGAGAGAAUCCAAGAGGAAAUAGACACCAUUACAUUGAAAGAAAAUAGGCAAGUUACCCUACUGGAUAUGAAUGACAUGCCUUUUACGAUGGCUACAAUUUUCGAGGUACUACGGUAUUCAUCCUCACCAAUUGUUCCCCAUGUUGCCACCGAGGACACAGUAAUCUCUGGCUAUGGAGUAACAAAGGGUACCAUUGUGUUUAUCAACAAUUAUGUGCUUAAUACUAGCGAGAACAAUUGGGUCAAUCCUAAAGAAUUUAAUCCGUUAAGAUUUUUGGAAAAGACAAAUCAAGAAAGGCCGAAAAGUUCCAAAGGUUUCGAUUCCGGCAUCAAGAGCGACAGGGAGAAACUUCAACUAAGAAAGAAUAUUCCGCAUUUCUUACCCUUUAGCAUUGGAAAGCGGACUUGCAUCGGUCAAAAUUUGGUCAGAGGCUUCGGUUUCCUAAUCCUGGUCAACGUAAUGCAGAGAUAUAAUAUCAGCAGUCACGAUCUGUCUACAAUCAAGAUCAGUCCAGAGAGUUUGGCACUGCCCGCGAAUUGUUUUUCAUUGGUUUUGACACCCAGGAAAAACAUCUAGGAUAGGAUUGCUAUUAUUGUAUUGCUAAUAAGUAUAUAAAUGUUAAGGAUUAUAGAAAAAUAUGUGCCUUAUAUUGACAAUGAACGAUAGCUAAUUAGAUUGCACUAAUGAGUUUAAUAGAACACAUUAAAUAAAAUUGUAACACUAGUUUGUAUUCCUGUCUGUAUUUUGUACCUUAAGAUCCACCCAAAGCCUUAUAGUUUCAAAACACACAAAAUUUAUAAUAAAGUCAUUCUCCUCAUAUUAUUAAUUCGUCAAGUUUCGUUUUAAUAAAUGACUCAUAUAUUCGUAAUGUUGCGAAAUGUG